UGACAUCCACACAUGCUUUACGACACCGUGGCGCGCUUCACGGCCAGUCAUGGCGCUGCACACAUGAGUACAGUGAGGAUAUGUUGUGACGCUGAGCUGCUAACUGAAUUGAUUUGCUGAUCUGUUGUGUGUUGUAGACCUACAGACAUAUCUUCUUGUUUCCUGCCGAGUGGCUCCAGCAGGCAGAGCCAUGGCGGCGCAGGGAGGACUUGUGUUCCAGGAGAAGGUCAGCAGGCUGCUCAGUAAGCAGAGGGGCAAGCCGGUCCUCAAGCCCAACAAGACCCUGGCUCUCAAAGACUCUGUGGCCAACCGCAAAAUGAAGAAAGGCGAGGCCACUUGCAUCACAGAGAUGUCGGUCAUGAUGGCCUGUUGGAAGCAGCACAACUUUGCUGACGCGCUGUGCUCCAGUGAGAUGAAAGCCUUCUACACUUGUGUUCACAACGCCCAGGUUGCUAUGAAAGCUAAAUCUGAACAAACCAAUGCCCAGGGAGGACGCUUGCUGCCCAGACAAGCCACAACGCUUCUGAAGAGAUUUCCCAACAUGCGCACUGAAGUCUAGGAAUAUUGAUUUUUUCUGGAACCUAAGUCAUAAGAAUUGUAAUUUGCUGGUUAACAGAGGACAUGGAGUGACUGGGUCUCAUCAAGUAAAGUGUUGUCCAGAGUCUUGUUUGCAGAAGCUGACCAGACAGACUCACUCACUACAUCAGCCAGCUGUGGCUCUUAAAGCAAAUACCUUCUGGCAACUCCACUCUUAAAUAUCUUAUAAAGCAAUGCCAAUAAGUCAGGUUCAAUCAGAUAAGGGUAAUCUCAAGCUAUACUCAGCCUGUGUCUACCUUUUCUGUUCAAUGUGUAACUUCAGCAGGCUUCCAGGACUUAUUAAAUUGCUUUUUAUAUUGUCCAUCAAUCUUCUGUUAAGUCCUGGCCACCGUGUUCAUAAUAAGCUGUGUGUUAUGGUUUGAAAUAUAAUGCGUCCUUGUCCUUGUGUCCUGAAUUGGCUGUGAUGAAAAUCACUCUCCAUUUUGUCUCAAUCCAAUUUAGCAGAGCGGUCCCGAACAGUGCAGAGACUGUAUUAAUGGAACAGGAUGGAACUGUUCUUGUAUUUCAUGGCCUCUUGCUGGAAGCUUACCAUUAUCAGCAACCACCUCAGUGGCUGCUGGGUUUCCUGUGGAUCAUCAUUCCUGUGUAAUUUGAGAUUGUUGGUUAAUGGCAACAUUCAGAUAUUAUCAGCCUAUUGGACAGAUUUGAUUAGGUACCAGUAAGCAAAAGCCCACUGUGGCUCAUCUUUAUGUAAUGAAUGGAUUUAACAUCAAGAUUACUUUGGUCUACAACCAUUGCCUGGAUUCCAGGUGUCAGAUCCAUAAAUGAUGCUUAUGCACAAAUACAUACAUACAGUGUUUUAUACACAGAUAUUGGUAUUUAUGAAAAUGAAUGUGCUUACCUCCACUCCAUACAUUACACCAUACAUACUCAGUUUUUUGGCUGCUGAUGGGAAAGUUAUAUUAUUAUUGUUACAUUAUUUUUUUCAAUAUACUAAGUGUCCGUAUUAUUCAGUUCAGCCUGAUCUCACCAGUGGUGUAUAAAUAACAUGCCAAUUUCUUAAGUCAUUUCGCAUGUUAUCACGAUACAUUUUCUGCUUUUCCAUUGUGAAGAGGUGGUGUGUCAAAGAGGUUCCAUGUAAAAUGUCCUGGUUAGAUUUAUUCCACCAGCAAUUUGUUGUCUAAUAUAAAUAAAUUAGUGAAUAAUGGACUACAUUACUACCUUAAAGUGGCCUCAGUACAAGACCGAAUCUAUAGUACCCGUAAUGCUCAUUUCAAUAAGAAAAAAAAUUCCAACAUUUAGACUGAAAUUCUUUUCAAAUGUAUCUUGUUUAGGUCUUAAAAAGAAUUUAAUUUAUAUGAAUGACACCUGUAGACACCCAGCCCAGGCUUCCAUCCACCCCAUCUCUGUUUUUCACCAUCUUAGGCUAUUUCUCCAUGUUUUGCUGUUGAAUUCAAACAAGCUGGACUUAUUUACAUUUUUUAAUGAUGUUUAAAGUGUUAAUUUGGGUCCAUGUUUUGUCUGUGGAUCAGGAAGGAUUUAGUGCUUUGUUUCCCCGCUCUAUUGUCAAGAUGUGGUAUUUUGGUUGUGUCCAUGUUUAUCUGUCUGGCAUUAAACAUAACCUUCCCAGUUCCGA